AUGUCAGCAACUAGUGCAUACCUGGAAGGCCUCAUUGACGAAUGCGGCGGGUUUUCGAAAUUUCAGCUGAUUAUAUUUGCUGUUGUGCUGACAAGCCAUUUCAGUGUAACAUGGAGUACGCUGAUGAUGACAUUUGCCGGAGCUGUUCCCGACUGGGAUUGUAUUUAUGAUGAGUCUCAGGGAACUUCGUCAAAUCAGUCAGUUGCGACGAACACUACAAUGGAAAGUGCAAAGUUCUUAAACCGUUCUUAUCAACAAUGUCAGCCACCGGAAAAUGCUACUGCCAAUGGGUGUAUGGAAUUUCGUUUCAGUGAUGACAUGAAUACCGUUGUCAACGAGUGGACAUUGGUGUGUGACAAAGAAGGGAUAACAUCAACUAUCACCAUGAUACAGAUGGCUGGACUACUGAUCAGCGGAGUGACCUCUGGUCACUUGGCAGACAUAAUUGGCCGAAAACCUACCUACUUCUUAUCUCUGAUAAUGAUGGCUGUUUUCAACCUUUGUUCGGGAUUUUCGGUGUCCUGGGAAAUGUUUGCCAUCUUGAGGUUGUGUCUAGGAUUUGGUAUAGGCUGUUAUUUAACAGUGUUUUACAAUUUUCUAAUAGAGUUCACUCCUGCAAGGAAACGAGCAGUUGUUUCAGCCAUCCCGUCCUGGGCUCUCUGGGCAUGCGUGUUUGGAUUUGUGUCAAUGUGGCUACAUGACUGGAAGUACCUCCACUUCGCUUCAGCUAUAUUAAUAAUACCAUGGCUGCUAUGUUGGUGGAUAAUGCCCGAGAGCUUCCGGUACCUCGUUUUCCACAACAGGAUACCAGAGGCCGAGGAAACAAUUCGUCGAAUGGCACGUAUAAAUGGUCGCCCUGUUCCCGAUCUGAAGAGAUUACGCUUUUUGGCAGAGGAGGAUAUAAAGACAAAAGAAAAGACACACACAAUAAAAGACUUGCUGAUGGACCGUACCUUGUUGAAACGAACAUGUCUCCUUGGAGUAGGAUGGUUGUCCAGUGCAUAUGGUUAUUACGCCAUCUCGUUCGGAGUACAACAUUUGUCCGGGAAUCUGUACCUCAACAUGUUCCUGCUUAGUGCUGUUGAAGUUCCUGCUCUGAUCUUGAACUAUUUUUUGACAAACAACUUUGGUCGACAAAAGACGGCAUUUGCAUUGUUUUUGUUGGGAGGUCUGUCGGGUAUCGUGGUGGCAGCUGUAGAAAUCAGCGACUUGGAUAUGAAGGACCAGCUGAUUAAUGGGUUCGCGUUGACGGCUAAGUUAUGUGUGGCAACAGGUUGGGCCUCCCUUUCGUUGCUGACAACGGAAACUUAUCCAACAGUUGUACGAAAUAUCGGAUAUGGUCUGCAUAAUUCUAUAUCACGAGUGGGAGCGAUGGUUGCGCCUAAAAUCGUUUAUCUGAACAAAUACACACCUGGACUGAUGUAUUUCUUGUUUGGAGGACUGAUGCUGCUUUCAGCAUUCUGUACUUUGUUAGUGAUGGAAACGAAAGGGAAACAUAUGCAAGAUCUGAUCAAACAAGACUCUGAAAAAGAAAUGGUAUCUCCGGGUUACGAGCUGACGUCAACUGACCACAAUGUUACCGAUAACAAAAAAUGUGGAAACAAUCCGAAUUUUAAUACUUAA